CUUGAGUUUAAUAACACAUCAGCUUUAACUGGCAUCUCGCCUCGGCUGAUUCUCCUGUCUGAGUAUUUAUUGCGUCCCUCAGCACAGCGGGCUGCAGAAGCGAGACUCCGGUGACGGAAGUGAGUUUAGCUUUUAUCCUGUCUGUGGUUUCUCUUACAGCUGCUUUUUCUCUUAACGUGAGACACGAUGGCAACUCGGACGGGGAUCGUCUUGAUUUUCCUCGCGGUUUUUGCAUUUGUUGCCGCUGAGGACGGGGAGAGCAAAGAAAGCGUGAUCGAACAGUUGGUUGUGGAGACGUUGGUGAUGCCGGAGUCGUGCACGAUUACAUCCGAGAUGGGAGACACGCUGCAAAUCCACUACACGGGUCGAUUAAUGGACGGGAAGGUGAUAGACACGUCUCUGUCUCGCGAGCCUUUGGUUGUAGAAUUGGGCAAGAGGUCUGUCAUCACAGGCCUGGAGCAAGCCCUGGUUGGAGUGUGUGAAGGACAAAAAAUCAAGGCCAUGAUUCCGGCUCAUCUAGCGUAUGGGAAAAGAGGAUACCCUCCAACCAUUCCAGGUGACAGUACGCUGGAGUUCGAGGUGGAGGUGAUCUCUCUGUCCCAGCAGACGCCAUGGCAGAAGCUCAUCAAUGACAUCUUGCCUCUUCUGUGCCUGGCGCUGGUUCCCACUUUACUGGGUUUAGUGGGACUCUACCUCUACAACAAAGCACACGCACAACCUCAAGGCAAGAAGAAGAGCAAAGACAAGAAGAGCAAGAAGAAAUGAGAUCAAAGCCAAACAGAAUAAACUAUUUAAAUAAAAAUA